AUGUUGAAAUAUACUAUCCUUGUUUUAUUUGUAUUAGUUUCCGUUGCCAGUUCAUACCUCUAUGUUAGUCAAGGUCAAUAUGUAUGGCAGAAUCAAGGUCAAUGCUCAGCCAGCCCAACACUUGUAAAUGUCACUGUCACCAAGAAUGUAGUCAAUAGUUUUUCUGCCAACUACGGAUACCCAUUUUUAGUAAAUGUUACAGUCAACCCUGAUUACACCUUCAAUGGUCUCGGUGCACUCUACUAUCCAGGUACAUGGACACUCAAUGGAUACACCACCGUAAAGGGUCAAAUCAUCAGUCAAUACAACUUGUUGGUCGUCUACAACCCAAGUACCACUCCAUCAUUCGGUGGUGCCACAUUGAACUACCUUUUAGUUCAAUGUAAUUCCGGUUCGUCCAAAUCGAUCUCCGAACAACAAGAAGAAGCUAACCUUGCAUCUAUAAUGUCUGGUGCAGAUAAUUGA